UUGAUUCCUGCUGAAAACCACAGGAGGUUUUGCGAUCGUGGAGAUGUGCUCUGCAAGGCUUCGAGGAUAAGUUCAUCCAGCUGGAGCCGGGUUGGGACCCUCGAUCGGGCUCGUUACCCUCUUCUAUUUUCCUCUGAAUGUGAGCAUAAAGCAGCACCAUCAGACAGACACGGCCAUAAGACAACUCAGACCAGUGUAGGGAUGGACACGGCCGGGGCGAGGGUAGCCUCACUGGAGAAAGACAUCCUGUUCCUUCAGCAGACGCAUAAAACCACACUGGAGAAGCUACACGAGGAGAUUGAACACCUGAAGCGAGCUAACAAAGAGUUUCAGUAUCAACUGAUUAUGGGAGAACAGCAGCAUCCUCCAAGAGAGCCUAGGCCAGAGGGCUUACAUGAAAAGCAAUGCCAGACUGGUGUCAUCGGCUCUGAAGAGAAGCCAGAGACAAGAUGGCAUUGUGUAGAACACAAUGAGGCCAUCAUGAUGUCUCUGUUUCCUCUGAGGAUCCAAGACGGUUCAUCCCGGCCUCCACGCACUCCAACCCUGCAGGAGUGUGAGGCUUUGAUCCGACAGCUCUAUAACGCCAAUACCUUGCAGUCUCAGGAGCUGUUGCGGGUGAAGGCUGUUCUCAGAGAUGUGGUGAAUAAAAAGAAACUCUCACCUGAGGUCUGCAAUAUAACAAAGACAUAUCUCUCUGACAACACAAGAAGUGGAGAGUUGACACACAUUCCAAAACUAACUCUUAAGCCCUUGCCAAAAAUACAACAACAGACCCAGGUGAGUGUGAGAGAGAAGGUUAUUCUGCCUACCAUCAGACAGACCAUGAGCAGCAACCUGACAGAGAGGCAGAAACGUGCCCAGGCCGUACACAAAAUGCGCCUCAGAAGAGCCAUCUUCUCCUAGCUAUAUAACAGCUAUAUGCAUCAGUAAACAUAAUGAAUUAAAAAUUUGCUUCUAUUUUUAUUCUGAAUUGUUAUGUUUUAUCUCCUACUUUUUUCUCCCACAUUGUCAUCUUGCAGAAGUUUUCUUAUUUGACCUGUGCAUCUUCUCAGAUUGUGGAUAAUGACAGUUGACAUCAGAGUGUCAGUGCCUUAAAUGCUAUAAUUUGUUUUGGAAUAUUGGAUGGUAGCUGUUGAUAUCUUGUUUUGUUUUCUUUCUGUUUUUUUUUUCAGUUUGCCCUGUAAGUUAUAAUAAAUUACCCCUGAUAUCUGUUAUAUCCAGUGGAUUAGGGCUUUAAAACACUAAACACAGUAGGAAUUCACAUGGACACAAAUUCUGAAAACAUAUAAGUAAUAAAUAAUAGGCUAAGUAUUAGCCUACAUAACUUUUACUUGUGAAGCGGUAUCAAGGCAAUAUCAAAUUAAAUAAGGCCAGUAUGAUAUGUAAGGAAUAAAACAUAAUGGGGUGUGUUAUUUUCCAGGCAAAAAUAAUCUACGUGGUGUGGUGUGGUUACCACCCCUAAGCGUAUUAUUUUCCUAUAAAAGCACAUCCCAAACUGUUUUAUUUCUCUUAUAGCACAGCAAUUUACCAACAAAAGGACAACACAGCGUACUUUUUUUUCAAAAAAUCAGUCAAUAGUUACGUUUAAUGUUGUGGAAGUUAGGGCCUGUUAUCACUUAUAUAGCAGUUAUAAACAGUCAUACCCUCAUCAGUCUCUGUUUUUUCUCCUUCUUUUAGCUAAUAUGACAAAAAGCUUUUCAUGUUACAGAAAAACCCAGAAAGUCCUCUGGCCUUUAGACUCUACCAUGACAAAACCUUCUGACCAUUUAAAAGUGCUGACACCCAGGACUCCUUCCAUAAAUGUUAAAUAAAUGUCUCCUUACAGAAAACAUCCCCAUAUCAACAUAUAUGUUUCUCUUUGUUAAAUAAUGAGACUGUUUAUUAUUAGCCUUAGAUUAUGUGGCGUGUCUGCCAUUCAAUGAUUUAGAUGUUACUAAUGAACUAUGAAGAAAUGAUAACACAUUAGAACAAGGACAUUAAUAUAAACCUGGGAUUGGAAUUAUAGCCAGCACAAUUGCCAGAGCCAUUAGAAAAUUAAUCAACAAAAUUCAAGAAUUCAACAACACUGCAGUAUAAAUAGAAUGAUUAAAUUGUUAUUAUUCCAGCCAUAAAAGCAUUAACUGAAGCACAAAAACAGUAUCACCUCUUUUUAGAAUGUACACUCUAUGGCCAAAAGUAUGCGGGACACCUGAGUAUUGAACAUCCCAUUCCAAUACCGCAGGCAUUAAUAUGUAGUUGGUCCCCCUCCGUGCUGCUGUAACUCCACUCUUCUGGGAAUUCUUUCUGUUAGAUUUUGGACUGUGGCCAUUUGCCCGUUCAGCUACAAGAGUGCAAGAGGUUAGGCACUGGUGUUGGACAAGAGGGCCUGGCAGGAUGUUGGUGUUCCAGUUCAUCCUAAAUGUUAAAGACAAUGUGCGGCAGGAGUUUUUGUUGAAAGUGGUACCUGGAAGCGGUUUGAAAGUGGUUGCUAUUUUAAUUUUGUAAAGACUGUUCACCAUAAAUGAAACUUACCUUUUUCUCCUGUCUCCUCUCAUGUGUAACAAAGGAAGUACAUACUCAUUUCUCACAAGUAAUACAAGUGACUAACAAAUUAUCCAGCCUCUGUUCAUUAACUAUUAACUAGUAGCAUGAAUGUGUCUCUACAUGCUCUCAAAACAUCCUUGCCUCACAUGCUGUAGUUUUUUUUUUUUUUUUUUUUAAAUAAAAAAGCAGUUUUCCAACAUGCCAAGCCUGUCAGAUAUUCAUAGCCUUUGUGAGGAUGUUUUAGCAAAGAGCAAUGAGUGCAGGUACAUAUAUACACAAGAAUGCAAAUCAUUAAUCUGAAUAAUUACUGAUUUUAAUUUAUGAUUACAUUUUUGAUCAUUAUUUGGAUAAAACAAGGGGAAGAGCAGGUUGUAAUUUAAUUUUACAAAUAAAACAUUUACCAUAUAAAUGUAGUAACUGUCAGCGCACCGUGGUGCAUAUUAGUGGCGGUGUUGUACUAGCAAAAUCCUUUUGAUUAAAGAAGUGUAAGUUUAACAGAACAGAGUUUUUUCAUUUGGCUUGCAUUCACACAAACAUGACCAGUGUUUGCGUACAUCUUCAGAAAAAGAAGUUUUAAUUUGUAGAGCCUGUGUGCCAUUCGUUCUGUGUGCACUACUAUAACAACAAAACAACAGAAAAAAAACCUGUAAUGUGAUUGGUACAGAAUUUUUUAAAAGCUGGUUAAUGUGUACUUAGCCAUUUAGCCUUUUGGAUUAGUGCUCUUGAAGCCACUAGAUAGUACACGGUACUACUGUAAAUAAAAGCUGCAAUUCAUCAGUGGGAUUUAGAGGAAAGACCUUAUAGUUACUUAAACUCUUACAUUCGUCAUUCAUUCAUCUUUAUUAACUGCUUUAUCCUAGUCAGGGUCUCAAUGAACUGUAUGAAAUGUAACACUGGGUGCAAGAUGGGACAAUUCACCCCAAAUUGGAUGCCAGUUUAAUGCAGGGCACAAAUUCACAGUUAGUGAAUUAGUGAGGCAAUUUAGCAUAACCAAGCUGCCUAACUGCAUGUAUAAAAGACUUGCUGCUUUAUAGAGUAUAAUUAUUGUGUAUCAUUUUAUGUGACAAGGUAUUCUGUGUCUGUAAACGUCUAUUUGAAGGACUUUUCAGGCUGUAAUGUGUCAGACGAGUGAAGUGGAUGCAGUUGCAAACUAAUGCUUUUACUGAAAGCAGCGGAGCAAACAAAUCCAAAAAUGUGAGACAAAGGCAGAGUCAAAAAUCAGCAAAAAGGUCAGGCGAUCAGCAAACAGAGAAAAUCAGAAUCACAAAAACCAGAGAAAGCACAAUCAAAAAACAGGAUAACAAUAGCAACGUGCAGGUUUGGCAUGUCAGGAGAAAUGGACACUGAAUGAUACUUUGCAUCGUGUGGUGAUUUGGAGUCCAUUUCUAUUGUGUGUGUGAUUGGAAACAGGUGUACAUGACUACAAGUCAGGUGAGCUUGAAUAUGCCAGUGAGGCAUGUGGUGGGGAGUGUGGUCCUGAGUGGCCAUGUUUGUAGGUCGCAGCGUUUGUAAGUCCCUCCGAAGAGCUCACUCUGGGACCCUACAAGCUGAAGUGGAACCCCUCAGCAAACCAAGCAUUUGAGUGCCUCAAAGAGGCCUUUACCUCGGCUCCUUACUUAAACACCCUGACCCCUCCAAGGUGUCAUAGUGGAGGUUGACACCUCUGAAACAGGGGUGGGAACUAUACUAUCACAGAGAUUCUUUUCGAAGAAGCUUUCACAAGACGACCGCAACUAUGACAUUGCCAAGAAGGAGCUCCUGGCAGUGAAAAUAGCCCCAGAGGAAUGGUGCCACUGGCUGGAGGGAGCCAACCCUCCCCCCCCUUCAAAAUUUUCACAGACCACAAGAACCUAGAAUACAUUAUGUAAGAACGCAAAGGCUGAAUCCCUCUCCCAUCUCUAUCCAGCCCCUCCCACAUAAACCACGGAGGAAUGUAUCCUACCACAGUCACACUUUGUAGGGGCUAUAUCCUGGGACAUCAAUUGGGAGAUAGAGAGCACAUCUGAGGUGAGAGUUCCUGGACAAUGCCCAACAGGCAAAAAAAUAUGUGCCUCCCCAAUUCAGAGGUAAACUGAUCAUGUGGGCUCACAUUUCCCCAGCUACUGGACGCACCGGGCACUCACAGAACACAUCAACAUCUUCAGGGCAAAUAUUAGUGGCCCCACAUGCUCCAAGACGUCCACAAGUUCAUCUCAUCAUGCUCCUGAUAUGCCGAAGCCAAAGUAUCCCGGUUCCUGCCUGUGAGAAAGCUACUCCCCUUGCCUACGCCACAGCAGUCAUGGUCACAUAUAGCCAUUGACUUCAUCACUGACCUCCCCAUGUAUCUGAACAACACUCAUUAUGGUAAUAAUAGACCA